GUUUCAACCACGUCUUCAGUCUCAGAGCGGAGCUACUCAGAAGAGCCAAAACAGGAAGGGGGUUGCAAAUCAGUGUGCAAAGGGGAGGACCGAAGCUUCCCCUCCCCCCUUUCCUCCAGUCCCCUCUCAGCCUCCUCCUCCACCUUCCCCACCGCUCGUGUCUCCCCGUUUUGGUUGGUUUUGUUGUUUUGUUUUGUUUUUUUUUUUUUAAUUGUUGUUGUUGUUUUUUUUGUUUUGUUUUGUUUUGUUUUGUUUUCUUUCCUCGCUGGAAAAGACGGUUGCCCGGGUGCUGUGAGAGCGGAGAGCCGGGGGACUGCAGGGCAGCUCGUUUUGCUCCCCGGGCAGAUCGCUUGACAGCCGGUGAGGCGGCUUCCGCGCCCCGGACAUCGUCUCCAGAACCGCGGACAGCGGCUCCAGCACCGCGGACAGCGGCCCCAGCACCGCGGACAGCGGCUCCAGCACCGCGGACAGCGGCUCCAGCACCGCGGACAGCGGCCCCAGCACCGCGGACCGCGCACGCCGCCAACAUGGCUCCGAUCGCGGCCAGCCGCCAGCAGUUCGAUGAAAUUCCUACAGUGGUUGGGAUCUUUAGUGCAUUUGGCCUUGUCUUCUCUGUCUCCCUUUUUGCUUGGAUCUGCUGCCAACGUAAAUCUUCCAAAUCCAAUAAGACCCCUCCAUAUAAGUUUGUCCAUGUUCUGAAGGGGGUUGAUAUUUACCCCGAGAAUCUCAAUAGUAAGAAGAAGUUUGGAGCAGAUGAUAAAAGUGAAGCAAAGAACAAAUCAACGAUGCCAAAGAAUUCUCUCCACCUUGACCUGGAGAAGAGAGAUCUAAAUGGCAACUUCCCCAAAACUACCCCUAAAAUCCAGAGCUCCACUGAUCUUGAAAAUUUGUCUCCUAAGCACUUUUCAGAAAGAAAGAAAGAUUCAGUAUCCCCUGAUAGUUUAAAAUCCAUCACUUCCUUGUCAUCUGAAGAUAAACAAGACAAGCUAGGAACUCUAUUUUUCUCCUUAGAAUACAACUUCGAGAAAAAGGCAUUUGUAGUGAACAUCAAAGAAGCACGUGGGCUGCCAGCAAUGGAUGAACAGUCAAUGACUUCUGAUCCCUACAUCAAAAUGACAAUCCUGCCUGAGAAAAAGCACAAGGUGAAGACCAGAGUGCUGAGAAAAACCUUAGAUCCAGCUUUUGAUGAGACCUUCACAUUUUAUGGGAUCCCCUAUAGCCAAAUUCAAGACUUAACACUUCACUUUGUGAUCUUGAGCUUUGACAGGUUUUCCAGAGAUGAUGUUAUUGGAGAAGUCCUCAUUCCCCUCGCAGGAAUUGAACUGUCAGAAGGAAGGCUGCUAAUGGACAGAGAGAUCAUCAAAAGAAAUGUUAGGAAAUCAUCUGGGCGUGGAGAAUUACUGAUCUCUCUCUGUUAUCAGUCUACAACAAAUACGCUUACUGUGGUUGUUUUAAAAGCGAGGCAUCUACCUAAAUCUGAUGUGUCAGGAUUAUCAGACCCUUAUGUCAAAGUGAACCUGUACCACGCUAAGAAGAGAAUUUCUAAAAAGAAAACUCACGUGAAGAAAUGCACCCCCAAUGCAGUGUUCAAUGAAUUGUUUGUCUUUGACAUUCCUUGUGAGGGCCUUGAUGAUAUCAGCAUUGAAUUUUUGGUUUUAGAUUCAGAUAGGGGGUCAAGGAAUGAGGUCAUUGGCCGGUUAACCUUGGGAUCUUCAGCAGAAGGAACAGGUGGAGAGCACUGGAAAGAAAUUUGUGAAUAUCCUAGGAGACAAAUUGCCAAGUGGCAUAUGCUGUGUGAUGGUUAGCAUCUUAGAGAGGGGUUGGAACUCAAAAAACUAUAUAUAUAUUUCCAUAAACAAGGAGCAGUUUUCUUUCUUUGUUAUGUAUGAUUACAGGCUUGGAAUUACAAGACUUUUUUUUGGAGGGGUGGGGGAAUAAAAACUGGAUUGAAUUAUCAGAACAGAAGGUACCUAAUUUUUCACAGUAAAUAAAAGAAUUUCUAUUUCAUUAGACUUUAACAUGAUUGGAUCAGAUUCAUAUUUUUCUGGAGUAUAAAUAACCUGAAACUUUUGAAGCAUUAUAAACUUCAAUAAGAACAGUCUAUGUUUUAUGAAAAAGUCACUGGAAACCUUAUUAGUACUGCUAUACAGAAGAAAAUAACCUCAUUAAAAUACAUUACUAGAUCUUAAAAAACCAUCUGUGGCUUAUGGGGGAAGGGGCUGAGUCUGUAAAAGCCAUGGGGAAUGAGGGUGAGUAGGAGGGAAACUCCUUCUGCCCCUCCAUCCAAAACCUUCUUUUAUGAAAAUUCAAUCAUUAUUUGUAAUUUUUCAUUAUUUAUAAUUUGAUCAUCCCAAAGACUGAAGAUAUUUUCAGCAAUUUACUUUACAUCAUUUGCAACUAAUUGUUUUAUCUGUCGAAAUACUGUAUAAUUAUUUACACUUGGAUUUUUUUUAAUAUGCAUAUAUAUAACUUGUUUUACUACAGUGACCGAAAUAGAUACAUUCUACAAAUUGUUGAGCAAGUUAACAUACACUGUUUUGUUAAAAGGGCUCCUUUACGGGUGACUGUACAUGUUACAGUAUAGCUGGAUUAGAUAUGGCUUGCAUUUUUUUCCUCUGGCAAGGAUUAUACUUUAAGCAUUUCAAGCCAUGGGAAAGCAUUUCCAUCGAGAUGAGGUAACAUACAGGAUAUUGCAGUCAAUGACCUUUCACCAAUUACGUUUUAAGCCAUUCAGUAAUACUUAAAGUUGUUUCUUCUUUUGUGUCAUUAAAGAACAAACAAAAUAGUGAGACAGAGAACAAAACCUUAUUCUGCUGUUUAACUUACUGAAUUGUGACUAACACCAUUACAGUCAGUAAGACUACUCCUAACAUAGAAAGUUUAAUGCAUUUUUAAACUUUUGCAGGAUAGGAAACCAAGAUCACAUUAUCAUUUAUCCAAUAUUAUGUUAGACAAAUUACUUGAAAAGUGCAUUUAACUUAGAUUAUAUGUAUUAACAUCCAUUAAUGUUUGUACUGAAAAUUGAUGGUGAUAAGGGAACAUAAAAUCCUGAUUUCAUAUUAGUGUGUCGUAUGUAUGUUUAAACUUAAACUGUGUCAGGCUUGGGGAUUAACAAGUGUAACAUAGAAAAAAUAAAUAUAUAAAUAAA